UCCCCCGCCUCCAUUUUGUUCGCGGACGCUGGGGACAGUGGGAGCAGAUCUAUUUCCGGGUUGGCAAAAAGGGGCGGCGGCGGCGGCGAGAGAGGGAGCUCGCCGGGCGGGGGUCGAGCAGAACGGGACCAAGUCGGAGAGGAGGCGGCGGCGGCGGAUCUGCUCCCGGAGCCGCGGUGGCCAGGUAUAUGAGUGACCUAAAGCUGCAAAUUAAAACGGAGAGAGAGCAGUGCCAACUGCGAGCUGGGCAAGGAUGCCAAUUCCUCCUCCCCCUCCACCCCCUCCUGGUCCUCCUCCACCUUCCACUUUUAAUCAGGGAAACACAGAGCAGAUCAAGCUGAGCCGAGAUGAGCAGCGGGGUCGAGGCGCCCUCUUACAGGACAUCUGCAAAGGGACCAAGCUGAAGAAGGUGACCAACAUCAAUGACCGGAGCGCUCCCGUCAUUGAGAAACCCAAAGGAAGUGGUGGUGGUUAUGGCUCUGGAGCAGGUGCCCUGCAGCCCAAGGGAGGUCUCUUCCAAGGAGGAGUGCCGAAGCUCCGCCCUGUGGGAGCCAAGGACGGUUCAGAGAACCUCGCUGGUAAGCCAGCCCUGCACGUUCCCAGUUCUCGAGCUGCUGCCCCAAGGCCUCCCGUGUCUGCAGCCAGUGGGCGCCCUCAAGAUGACGCAGACAGCGGCCGAGCCUCCCUCCCGGAACUGCCCCGGAUGCAGAGACCUUCAUUACCGGACCUCUCUCGGCCUAUCACCACCAGCAGUCCGGGCAUGAAGCACAGCUCCUCUGCCCCUCCUCCGCCACCACCAGGGCGGCGUGCCAACGCACCCCCUGCACCUCUGCCUAUGCACAGCAACAAAGCCCCCGCCUACAACAGAGAGAAACCCCUGCCGCCCACCCCCGGACAGAGGCUUCACCCUACUCGAGACGGACCUCCUGCCCCACCCCCAGUCAAACCACCUCCUUCCCCUGUGAAUAUGAGAACGGGACCAAGUGGCCAGUCUCUGGCCCCUCCGCCGCCGCCUUACCGGCAGCCUCCAGGGGUCCCCAAUGGGCCCUCUAGUCCCACUAAUGAGUCGGCCCCUGAGCUGCCACAGAGACACAAUUCUUUGCAUAGGAAGACACCAGGGCCCGUCAGAGGCCUAGCACCUCCGCCGCCUACUUCAGUCUCCCCUUCUUUACAGAGUACCAGGCCGCCCCCCCCAGCCCGCGAGCCCCCCAGUCGGGGAGCCGCUCCUCCACCCCCACCACCCAUGAUCCGAAAUGGUGCCAGGGAUGCUCCCCCUCCCCCACCACCAUACCGACACGGGUCAGAACCUCUGAACCGGGGGAAGCCCCCACCUCCGCCCUCCAGGACGCCAGCUGGGCCGCCACCUCCUCCUCCCCCACCCUUGAGGAAUGGCCACAGAGAUUCCAUUACCACUGUCCGGUCUUUCUUGGAUGAUUUUGAGUCAAAGUAUUCUUUCCAUCCAGUAGAAGACUUUCCUGCUCCAGAAGAAUAUAAACACUUUCAGAGAGUAUAUCCCAGCAAAACAAACCGAGCUGCCCGUGGAGCCCCACCUCUGCCACCCAUUCUCAGGUGAAGCCUGGGUUGGUCCUGCUCCUCAGGAAAAGGAUGGACCCUCUCCUCCUCUCAGAUGGUCCCUCCCAUUCCCCUGAAACCUGCAUGAGAACUCCUAACGUGUUUCUCCAGUGCAACCAACCUCUAGACUCCAAGCGUCCUCCCAGCUCGCCUCCAUCUAUGCAUCUGUCUUCUGGACUUGGUGAUUGGACUCUAUAUUGACAGUAGGGUCUCAAACCCUGUGUCCAUCCCUCCUCAGCAAUCCCUGCUAGCCAGAUGAGGAAACAGCUUCCAUGUCGCCUGCUUUCCUCGCGGGGAAAGGUGCCUUGUGAUGGAUUAACUCAUUGUCGGGGCAGGGCGGCGAACGGUACUCCUACCUCCUCCUACCCACUCUGGGGGAAGCUUGGCGGGUAUAUGUUAUCAUUGAGGAGGCUGACAUGGCCAGGACGUGGGGGAUGGGGACAUUUUUAGUGAAACAAGAAAGGAGUUUGCAGAGAAGUGAUCUGUUUUAAAGGUCAAGUUUGAGAAAGGAUAAGGGAAUGGGUCUGCUUUAUUUUGGGGGACAUUUUGGUUUUGCUCUUACUCUACCCCAUAUCCUCACUCCAGAGAGAAGUUGGAUAUAAACACUAAAUACUAAUCAGUUGAACUAAACAUCUAAUAAAAAGGGAGGUAAGUAAACUGGCGAGCCUUUAGUGUUAGUCAGUUUCUCUGCAGCAAAGGGACCAGGAGCCAUUUGAGUCCUCCCUCUCCUCUCCUCCCCCCUCCAUUUCCUCAGGGUGCUGAGGCUGAGGGAUGAUGUUUCCUCCCUCCACCACCCAGCCCCUCACUUUUGUUCAUUCCAUGUUCACAAAUUCCAAAACUUCUGGUGGGAGAUAGGAAGAUAGGGCUGGGGUUCUGGUCUUAUGUAAGACCUUGAAUCUACCUCAGUCUUUCCUGGCUGGUCCUGAAGGACAGUCCUGACCAGAAACUGCACCCUUUGAUGGGUACGCCAUGGUGAUGAAGAAGGGAAGGUGAAGCUUGUUGUAGAGUUCACAGCCCACUGACUGAAAAGGAGCUUCCUGUUUUUUCUCUCCCCCCUUGCCUUUCCAAGACCACAGGGGAGAGAACAGUGAGGCUCCUGAGUCAAAGAUUCCUCUGUGCCAAGAAGCACAAAGACUUCGGUGAGAUGACUCUCAGCCCGGUUAUCUUCUUUGGCAGCCAGCAAUGUGUUGUUUCUCCGUCUUCCGGGUCCUAGUUAAAGAACAGCAGAACAGGGCUCCUGGGCUCCUCACACAGGGGUUUGGUUUGCUGCUGCCAAGUGCAGAGGCUACGCAAAGCUUGAAGUAAGAGCAAGGAGGCCAAGGUGAUUUUUUUGGAAUGAUUGGGGAAAGUCUGUUAAAAAAUUGCAUCACAGGCUUGAACUAUUUUAGGGACCUUUCCAGCCUAUUGGAUCACAGACUGAGGAUCUUUGUGUGGUGCCGGAUGAAACCCAAGUCUUCCCAGUGCCAGAAGAGAGAGGGCUCCACUUGGGUUAUUUGUGAGGGUCUGCUAGCCUUGAUCAUCUCCUGGACCAUAUUGCCUCUUAGGACAAACAGUGAUUAGGUCUGUCAUCUCACUUCUCUUACUUCCAAACCUGUUAGUAGUUACCUCCCAGCAAUGUCCCUGGCAUCCUGAAGUGAGUAGAGCUGAGAGAGGGGACACUAAUGGAGGGAGAACAGGAGUGUCUACUGCAGCAGAGUUCCAGGGUAGAUGCUGAUCAGUACUCAACUUGGACUGUGAAGUCUUCCCAUUUAUUUUUGAAAUGGGAGUUGAUGCCUUUUGUAUAAUGUUAUAGAAAUGUAUUUUUCCCCCUUCCUUAAACAUAGAACAUCAAAAUAAGUAUCACAAGUAAAAGCCAAACCACAGUUUUUCAUUGGGGCUGAUAUCUUCCCUUGACCUGCUGCUCAGAUUCCCCAGCAUUUGGACUGUGUCACGUGGGUAUUGGUGUAUUUUUGUUUUCUUGGCCUCAUGGGAAAAGGCCUCGAUCUGGAUCUAGUUGAUGCAUUUUCUUCAGCGCAUGUCGGUGACACAGUACUUAUUUAAAUGUCUUUUGCCUUAUCCAUAUUUGGUCCCUCUGUUAAUAACAGAUUUAUUAUCAUGUAUAUUUACUAUUGAAUAAUGGGAAUGUGAUGCUCAUAGUUAUUGAUCUAUUUUGUAUGUUGUAAAAAGCUUGUACUAUAGAUCGAAGGUGGGCUGGCUGCAAGAGCACUACAACUUCUCACCUUUUAAAUGGCUUUUUAUCUGCUGCUGGGAAUGUCAUCUCUUCCGUGGGAGACGGCUGGUCUCAUGUUGAGGCUAUUGCCCAGUUCCAUAACCCCCUUCUCCCCUCCCAGGAGGAGGAGACUUUGCCCAACUAAGCAGGAAACUGUGUUAAAAGCCCUUGUGUGGGUUUGGUUUCAUGAUGUUUUUCUCUAGUGGGGAAAAUGUAACACUAUAGUUGUUUCUUACCGCCCUUUCCGGGAAGUAGGGCAGUGGCCUCCAGGUUUUUAAAUGAGCUUAGAUGCCCUCCUUCCCCCCUCUUCUCUGGUCACCAAACCUGGAUCAAAGCACUUCGAUAUUCCAGGAGUGCUUUACUCUGUCAUGGGGAGAGCCUGUUAUUUUCCCAGCCUGGGUGCCCAGAGAGAGGGUCAGGGCUACCCCACCCAGUGGAUGUGAAGCUGCUGUCCUCCCAGCUGGCAAAGGCAGAGACUAGCCACUGGCCAUUGCACUGGGGGCACCCCUCACCCCACAGUUUCCCAACUUGAAACCCAGAUUUACCUCCAGGGAGAGGUGAGGAAAAUUGUAAAUAGACUUGCUACAGAGCAACUCAGGUUGCGGUGUGUUUUAAUUCUCCUGGUCACUUGAAAUAAUCUGUAGGCUGAGUGCUUAUGGGAGUGGAGGAGAAGGGUGACUCCAGGGUCUGCUGCGAAGCUCGGGGGGUGGAGUAUAGGGCAUCUGAGGCCCUUUGAUGGCACUACACUGAGCUGUCUGUCCUGGAAACCCAACCUACAAUCAACCACAGAUCAAAUUCUUCACAUUCCAGUUGUAGUUUCUUUCCCUAUUAAAUCUCAGUCCCUGGCGAUGUAGUUAGGGGAGCUUUCUGGGCUACCCUAAACUUAGGGAGUGGAAGGCAUUACAGCUCUGCCUUCAAGACUCAUCAAAAUGAAACUGAACUACAACCACCUUCAAAACAUACAAAAAAAGAAAACAAUAACUGUCUAACCGAAGGAAGGGUUUGGUUCCAUUCGACUCCACGUUCAUUGUGCCUUUACUUGUGUUAGAUUUCUGUGCUUUCUUCCUCUCUCCCUCUUCGAAGCAAUUAAAAUCUUCCUUGAUAACUGCUGUUCUUUCUACUCUUGUUUCUAACAUCAGUGGGUUCCCUACAUGUCUUAAAUCUUAUUUUACUGAUGGCAGAGGGGCCAUGCUACUUUUCUCACAUCUGUCUUUCGUCAUUUCCUGACACUACCAGCAUGGAAGUCAGUCAACACUGAAUAAAAGACCAGAACGCAUGUGUGAAGAGUGUGAGUGUGUAUAUGUGUGUCAGUUUUCUUUUAAAAAAUAAUUUAUUGUAUGAUUUAUUUUGGAAUUGUAUUCUGAUUACAGUGCUCUCUCUCCCAAUUAGCAUUGAUUUUUUUCCAACCCCCUCUACAAUGUAUAAUCUGGUCUCAGGUUGGAUUCUUUGGUACAUUUGUCUCUCCUGGAUGCCGUGCAGUUUAAUUAAAUGUUGCUUACAAA